GCCAGAGCAGCCUCCCCUUCCGUCCCGGCACCAUCGCCCCGGGAGACGGACGCAGCUGAGCGGCGGCAGCCAGGAGGUGCCCGGGCAGAAGGGCAGAGACAGCGGCAGCUGCCGGCGGGCCUGGCCACAACGUGGCUGCGCUCGCUGCCCCCCGCCGGCAGCCCCCGGCCCCGGCGCUGCGGCUGGAGGCGUGAGGCGCCGCCGGGCCAUGCUGCAGCUGGGGCGCGCGCCGAGGGGAAGAGGCGACCCCCCCAGGCGCUUUGCAGGAUCCCAGCGCGGGCAACAGUCGGGGGCAGGUGGAGUCGCGCCCGUCGGGUCGCAGCCCGGCGCCCGCACGGGCAGCGGAAGGAGCGUCUACCCGCUUUGCUGAAGACUUUUGCAGGAUGCAUGGGGAGGAGUUGUUCCUUGUGUAGCUAACCCUCUUUACUGCAACUGGAUACGCGGCUUUUCAAGAUCCAAGAAGUACCUGCACGCCUUCAUCUCGCGGGAUCCUUGUAUUGCAUUGGGACUGUUGAACUGAAUACGUUUCUUGUUCAUUAGCGGCGGCGUUAAUUACACGGCUGCUUCUUCCAGUUCUCGAGCUUAGGGUCGCCUUUAUCUCUAUUCCCAUUUCCAUCUGAUAUCAAAGCAGUGAUGGGUUGUUUCUGUGCUGUCCCAGAGGAAUUUUACUGUGAGAUUUUGCUUCUGGAUGAGUCCAAGUUGACCCUAACCACCCAACAGCAGGGGAUAAAGAAGUCAACGAAAGGGUCUGUUGUCCUGGGCUACGUAUUCCGUCAUUUAAACCUUGUGGAGAUAGAUUACUUUGGACUACGCUACUGUGACAGAAGUCAUCAGACGUACUGGCUGGAUCCUGCAAAGACCCUUGCAGAACAUAAGGAAUUGAUAAACAGUAUGUAUUUCACUUGAACCUCAUAAACAGUUACUUGAAGAUGAAGAGACAGAGGACACCAUAUGCGCGGAGUAAUGGGCCUUCAUUUU